GAAGAGGAGAAAGUGAGAGAGACACAAGGAGGAGGGUGGGGGGAAAGGGAGAGACAGAGAAAAGAAGCAAGAGCAGGAGUACAAGACAGGGGCCAUGCUGCUGGCCAUGUUGCAGGUCAGACAGUUAGAUGGUUCUUGGUUGGGCUUGGAGCAACAGCAUCGUCACAGCUAAGAGUAGGGAGGGGGCAGUGCAAUGGAGAGCUCAGAGCACAAGACAGAGGAACCCAGGUCAAGCUCAGCCAUUUGGGAUGCUGGUCCCCAGUACGAUUAUGUCCGAUUUGAGAAAUGCAACAGUUACGGGAUCCCGAUGGAGGCAAGGCAUGAGACCGGGGGGAAAGGGGACGACUUGAACUACCUGGAGAGCACCCUCAGCUACCCACAGCUCUACGGGCAAUACACAGAGCAGCUCUCUGACUUUGCACAGAAAGAAGCAGUAAAACUAUUGAGUGAUAAAGAGGACCAAGGAAACAGCCAGCGCCCACUGAAACAAGACACCCAGUCAGAAGUCAAAGAAAACCGGUACUCCAAAUGCCAAGACUGUGCUAGACACAUCCAGAAAUACGUUACCAAGAAACUUGGAGAAGACUGGAUUUUCCUGGUUCUGUUGGGCCUGGUUAUGGCACUGGUGAGCUGGGGAAUGGAUUAUGCCAGUGCCAAGAGCCUGCAAGCUUACAAGUGGAUGUACAAAGAGAUGCACCCAAAUGUCCUUAUGCAGUACCUGGCCUGGGUCACUUACCCACUCAUCCUCAUCCUCUUUGCUGCUGCCUUCUGCCACCUUGUCUCCCCGCAGGCUGUUGGGUCUGGAAUUCCUGAAUUGAAGACUAUCAUGCGGGGAGUGGUCCUCAAGGAGUACCUCACUCUUAAAGCCUUUGUGGCCAAAGUUGUAGGCCUGACAGCUGGUCUGGGAAGUGGGAUGCCUGUAGGGAAAGAGGGUCCCUUUGUGCACAUAGCCAGCAUUUGUGCUGCUGUGCUCAGCAAGUUCAUGUCAAUCUUCUGUGGUGUGUAUGAGCAGCCAUAUUAUUACACGGAUGUCCUGACGGUGGGUUGCGCUGUGGGGGUCGGCUGCUGCUUUGGAACACCACUGGGAGGGGUCCUUUUCAGCAUUGAGGUCACAUCCACUUACUUUGCUGUUCGCAAUUACUGGCGUGGUUUUUUUGCUGCCACUUUCAGUGCAUUCAUUUUCCGAGUCCUUGCUGUCUGGAAUAAGGAUGCAGUCACCAUUACAGCCCUGUUUAGAACUAACUUUCGCAUGGAUUUCCCCUUUGACCUGCAAGAGCUGCCAGCCUUUGCUGUAAUAGGGAUCUGCUGUGGGUUCCUUGGAGCAUUUUUUGUUUACCUCAAUCGCCAAGUGGUUUUGUGUGUCCGGCGACAUAAGACUUUAAGCCAGUUUCUCACCAAAUACCGCCUGCUAUACCCAGGAGUUAUAACCUUUCUUAUAGCAACUGUGACCUUCCCUCCGGGGUUUGGGCAAUUCAUGGCAGGAGAGUUGAUGCCGAGGGAGGCCAUCAGCUCCUUAUUUGACAACUACACUUGGGUAAAGUACACAGGGGACCCACAGGUUUUAGGGAAAUCUGCUGUCUGGAUUCACCCCAACGUCAGUGUCUUCAUCAUCAUCCUGCUCUUCUUCCUCAUGAAGUUCUGGAUGUCUGUCAUCGCUACUACCAUGCCAAUACCAUGUGGAGGCUUCAUGCCUGUUUUUGUGCUGGGUGCAGCUUUUGGACGUCUUGUUGGUGAAAUUAUGGCAUCACUCUUUCCAGAUGGAAUCCUUUUUGAUGGACUUGUUUAUAAAAUAUUACCUGGGGGGUAUGCAGUCAUUGGUGCAGCAGCUCUGACGGGAGCAGUGAGCCAUACCGUCUCCACUGCAGUGAUUUGCUUUGAGCUGACAGGUCAGAUCUCUCACAUCUUGCCUAUGAUGGUGGCUGUCAUCCUUGCCAACAUGGUGGCCCAGAGUUUGCAGCCCAGUCUCUAUGACAGUAUCAUCCAGGUGAAGAAGCUUCCCUACCUGCCAGACCUGGGCUGGAAUCACAUAAGCAAAUACAAUAUCUUUGUUGAGGAUAUUAUGGUCUGUGAUGUGAAAUUCAUCUCAUCCAACUGUACAUACCGAGACCUCCAGACUCUGCUACAAACCACUACUGUCAAGACCUUACCUCUUGUGGAUUCACCAGAGUCCAUGAUCUUGUUGGGUUCAGUGGAACGGUCGGAGCUGCAGGCCCUUCUCCAAAGACACAUCAGCCCAGAGCGGCGUUUGCAUCUCGCCAAGGAGAUGCAGCAGAAGCUGACUGAGGCACCCUAUGAUGGCAGCAGCAAAAGCCAGUGGAUGGCCAUGCCCAAAUGGAAGCGUGAAUCAUUUGCUUUUGUGGAUGAGGAUGAGGAUGAAGAGGAAAAGACUGAGCUGUCUCAGCAGCCCACAACUGCUCCCAGUCACUCUGAGAAACCCAAUGGCCCAGUGACUCCUUAUAAACGAAUACCAGAAACCCCAGGACUCCAGGAACCCCCAGAAGCCAGGAGAUUCUGGAGUUUCCAGCAACUGAUCCAGCAGCUUUUGUGCAAUUUCAGUCAUUCACCUGAGAUGGAAAGCACUGCCCAGGACUCAGUAGAAGUUGUAGACACAAUGAAACCAGAGGAAAUAGAUGCUUGGGAGCAGGAGGAGUUGAACAAGGAAGUGUGCUUUGACAGCUGUCGCAUAGACCCCUCUCCCUUUCAACUGGUGGAGAGGACUUCCCUGCACAAGACGCACACCUUGUUCUCCUUGCUGAGCCUCAGCCAUGCCUAUGUAACCAGUAUGGGGAAGUUAAAGGGAGUGCUGGCAUUAGAAGAGCUCCAGAAAGCGAUUGAGGGCUCCACGCGCUCUGGUGUCCGUCUCCGUCCACCGCUUGCUAGCUUCCGUAACACCAGCCGGACCUCAGUCAGCAGUGAGAAGGCCAACCAGGUCUCACAGGUGUGGAGCCGGCAGAACAGCUGUACAGUACCCAUGAGAGGAGCAGUGGACUCAGGGGCGGAGAGCCCUUUGCCCCCCAGCUCCCUGUCCAUGCAGCCCUUGCCCUUCCCUGAGGAGGGGCUGCCUUGUGGCACUGAUACUGAGUUGGAGGACAUGGAAAUGACUCGCCCUGCUACUGAAAACAUUUCAGACAUCCUCAGGGACCUGAGCCUGCACUCCACGGAUCUGGAUGAGGAUGAGGAAGAAGAUAUACCUCUAUAACUGGUGGGAGGAGGAAGUGUUCCACCCCUUCUCCCUUCAGUGAGCUAUCUGUAUUAUACAUGUCCUCAGGGAGCCUAUGGACGGUUUCACUGCACUCUGAUAUGUAAUGAUUGGCUCCGCUGGGGGUAGGAGCAUAGGACUGGCCUUUCCUUCUGUUGCCUUCACUGCCUAAAGUGUUAUGCUGCCAUGGAUGUGCAGGGGAGGCCCAUGGAUGUGCUACAUAUGGGUGUGCAGGGGAUGGAGAAGGAGAGUCCCCAAUGAUUAAUGGAAGCUGGGGUUAUGGGAUAGUGGAGCUCUUUCCUCUCCUAGCUCUUGUGUGUACGUG